AUGGGUAACCGAUGCAAGCUUACUCAAUUGGGGGUGGGCUAUCAGCUGUCUUUCCCAAUUGGUCCCCGCGUGAUUUGCCUCUCGGCCAUGGGAGGUUAGCUCGGAGCUGACAAAUAGCCCGCCACUCUCCAUCACUAGACCGACCCCCACCCGCACCCCGACCUCCAUGCCCGGUCGCCCACGCUGGACUGCUCGCCGAGCUCGUGAUCCUGCUCUCGUCGCCACAAGUUGCGAUUCGGGUCUCUGGUCCGUCUGGAGCAGCCAUCGGGAUCCAUCCUUCGUCCUUGAUUCAUACUUGCUGUUGGGACUUGUGUGCCGAUUUCUCGGGCGGUUCCAUGAGAUGCGCACGGGCUGUGUUCGACGAAAUGGGCGUUAGAAGUUCUGGGGCAUGGUAGUGGCCGUCCUUGGGCUGGUCAUGGGGGAUUGAGAAAGCCGGUAUUGGAUCUUGAGCAUGUCCAGGUCAGAGAAGACCGUUGUUUGGUUCAGGAGAGACCUCAGGAUUGACGACAACCCGGCUUUGGCCACCGCGGCGAAGGAGGGCUCUGUCCUCCCUCUCUUUAUAUGGUGCCCGGCUGACUACAAGCAGUAUUACCCGGGAAGGUGCUCUAGGUGGUGGCUCAAGCAGUCACUUGGCCACCUCCGGAAGUCGCUGGAGUCACUUGGGUGCCCGCUCAUCCUGAUCCAUGCUGAGGAUAGCACUCUUGCAGCUCUUUUGGAGAGCGUUCAUUCCACCGGUGCCACUAGAGUGGUUUAUAAUCGUCUUUAUGACCCUAUUUCACUUGUGCAUGAUGACAAAAUCAAGAAUGAGCUUUCAGCCCUUGGAAUUUCUGUCCAAAGUUUCAAUGGUGAUCUACUUUAUGAGCCAUGGGAAGUUUAUGAUGAGAAUGGGCAGGCAUUCACAACCUUUAACAUGUACUGGGAGAAAUGCAUGAACCUGCCACUUGACAUAUCUCAACCUCUUGCACCUGUGAGGCUGGUCCCGGUGCCAGGUAUAGACAAUGUUCGUGGUUGUUCCAUUGAUGAUCUAGGUCUUGAAUCUAGUAAGGAUGAGGAAUCAAGCAAUGCUUUGCUAAGCAGGGCAUGGUCUCCUGGCUGGUGCAAUGCAGAGAAUACGCUUCAGGAAUUUGUGUCUUACGGUCUCCUGGAAUAUUCAAAACAUGGUAUGAAGGUUGGGGGAACUACAACAUCAUUGUUGUCACCAUAUCUCCAUUUCGGUGAGUUGAGUGUAAGGAAGGUUUAUCAACUCGUUAAAAUGCAUCAAGUCAAGUGCGAAAAUGAAGGAAAAUCUGAAGCUGAGGAGAGUGUUCAAUUGUUCUUACGAUCAAUUGGUUUUCGGGAAUAUUCACGUUACUUGUGUUUUAACUUCCCUUUCACACACGAAAGAUCAUUGCUGGGUAACUUGAAGCAUUAUCCCUGGAGAUCGGAUGAGGACCGCUUCAAAUCUUGGAGACAGGGAAUGACCGGAUACCCCUUAGUAGAUGCUGGCAUGAGGGAACUCUGGGCUACUGGUUGGACACAUAAUAGGAUAAGAGUGAUAGUCUCAAGUUUUGCUGUAAAAUUUCUACAAAUACCAUGGAUUUGGGGGAUGAAGUACUUUUGGGACGUGCUUUUGGAUGCGGACCUAGAAAGUGAUAUUCUGGGUUGGCAGUACAUAUCUGGGAGUUUGCCUGAUGGCCAUGAGCUCAGCCGUCUUGAUAAUCCAGAGGUUCAGGGUCAAAAGUACGAUCCAGAUGGUGAAUAUAUAAGAACUUGGAUUCCUGAACUUGCUAGAAUGCCAACAGAAUGGAUCCAUUGCCCAUGGGAUGCACCUAGCUCUAUACUAGAAGUUGCUGGAGUUGAGUUGAGCUUUAACUACCCGAAGCCCAUAGUAGAACUUCAUAUGGCGCGGGAGUGCUUAGAUGAUGCCAUCUCCACAAUGUGGCAAUUGGACACAGCUGCAAAACUUGCUGAACUAGAUGGCGAGGUUGUGGAAGACAAUAUGAAUAAUAUCAGGAGUUUUGACAUCCCAAAGGUUGUAUUGAAAAAGGAACUAUCUCCAAGCACUUCGUCCAUCUAUCAAAGGAUGCCAUCUAGUAGUGGCCAGAAGAAAAAGUUACAACCUAUGGAAGUGACGAAUGCCUCAAACAUGGAAGACACAGGCUCUACAGCUAAAUCACAAGUGUCAAGGAAAAGAUCUAGCGGUGAUAGUGCAUUCAAUGUUCCCUCGUGUUCAUCUUCAUUAAUCAUGCAUUCACGGAUUCCUGAUCCUGACAGUUGUUUUGUUUUGUAUUCAGACUACCUCCAGCAAAAAGCAGAAAGAAAUGGAGCUGGUAAGGUUGAAGAUAAUGACAGUGAAGAUAGUGGUACGAGUAUCUCUAGGCCAUCCAAAAGAGCUGCUUAGCCGUACCUCAUGGCAACGGAUAUUGUAAAUCUGUAAUAAGAAAUCUUUGCCGUCACAAGUUUUUUCCCCCAUCUUGCUCCGUUUUGUAAAAGCUAAUCUGUAAUUUACAAUUAGUUUGACGCUUGCUACCUUUAUAUAGCUAUAGGAGGCAACUUUGUCGUUCCGUGAUGUAUGUAUCAGCUGGCGGACAUAGCAUAGUUCGGGCCA